GGUGCAAGCAUUAAACAAAGUAUUAACACUGUUUUACUGUGGAAACCUACCCGCAACUACAUGAAACAGUGAUGUGACAGUAAUGUUACCUGGCGUUGAACUGGGCACGGAGCAUGGUGAUGGUGGCGCCGGUGGGAGGGUUGGCCGGACAGCUAUUCCCCUCACGGAUGGUUGGAGCCAGUCUCCGCACGGGUCCGCCGCUUUGAACGGCGCUGGCGCCAACUCCAAUUCCGUCCUUCAGCUCCGGGUUCCUGUCGUCCUGGGACAUCCACCGAACCGGGAACUCAUGGAAAAAUCACUGCAGCAGAUUUAUGAAAAUGAGAUCCUGUGCCUCCAGGAAGAAAUUCAAAUGUUGGAGCAAAAGGCCAAAGAGACUCAGAUUAAUUCUCAAGGGUUUCUGAAAAACAUGUAUCUGCAAAAAGAAAAAAUCAGUGUGCAGAAUCCUGAAUCAUGGAAAUGCUCAACAACUGAUCUGGAAGCACAGAUUGAACAGGCUAAAUCUCAGGCUGCAUUACUAAUCCAGUUAACUGGCAUUGAAUUUAGACAACACACUAUGAAAAUAGUCGGUGAGGGCAACAACCAAACAAAGCAGUACAGAUUGUCAGGCUACAGCCAUUCACUGCAUUUUGAGCUUGAAUUUGAAUUAAUGGAUAUUCAGACUGAAGAAAAUGACAUGGCUAUUGUAACAGAUCUGAACAUUAUUUUGGAAUUAAGUGAUGUUUGUGAUUUGAGCAGAUUUAUAUCCAGAACUGAAGAAAAGAAGAGCCUCCUACAGUUUUUCAGAACCAUCUCAGUCUUUACAAAAUGGUACGAAUAUCGCCAAGCUACUUUUAGAAAUUUCAAGGAGAAACACCCUGAAGUGAUAAAACUUCCAGAGGGAUCAAGUGGGGACUACAUGGUAUUGAAGUGUUCCAAACUUCCUGGAAUUGAGUUCACAAUUUUCUGGAAAAUACAUGUGAGCGAAGGAGGAGUCGUUACCCCAGUCCUGGAUCUCUUGACCAAAGUACCAGCAGAGGCACUCAACUUCGAUACAGCGAAGGUCAUGGAUAGUGCCCCCAACAGCUUCAGACAUCUCUUACACCUGCAUGGAAUCGAGGCUGCUAUUGAGUGUUUAAUUCAACUGUGCAAAGAACCCUGAAAUAUGAGAUUAAUGCCAUACUGCAUCAAAAGGAAAAUUCAUAGAUAAAAAUCCAUUUUACUCAUUUAUUAAGUGUACUAGUACAUCAGGACAUGCCACGACGACAUUUAAUUUCUCCUAUGGCACUGUCACAUAAAAAUAAAUAUAGCAUUUAAAUAUAAAUUGCCAAAGAAUAUUUACAAAUACUGGGACAUUUCUAUUGCAUUUGUACACAAGAUUUCUACAAGUCAUCUGUCCCGUAGUAGUCUGAAAUUAAGGAAACUACAUUUGAAAGUUAAGUUUACUCUUACAUGAUAGUUCAAUUCACAGCUUUUAAUAAGUGCUGAGCAUAUAAAAACUCAAGUACAGAAUGAGAGAGUGGUUAGUACCAAUGACAAAAUACAUUAUCAGUUGUAAUUGACAUUUUUACAAGUAAAUCAGGACCAGAUCAAAUUAAAAUUCUCAAUGGGAUGUUUGCAAAUCGGUAAUCUUUGAAUGUCUCACAAUAACACAAGGCACUAUAGUCAUAUUAUAAACAAGUAGGAAAUUGCUUGUUAUAUCUUUUCAAAAGGCCAUAUCCACACUGUGUUCCAUAAGGUAGAACAAUGCAGUUGGAGAUUAUACACAUGUAUUAUGAAGCAUAUCUUCUAACCAUCUUGUUGGUUCUGAUAAUAAAAAACUGAAUAAAUCAAUUAUUCAAGCUAAGUGGCAACAGAUACAAAGCACAGGUCCAAACUACUCCACCACAUUCAGAAUGCUCCUAUCAUUCAUCUCAAGUUAUUGAAAUCAGUCUCUUUUAUUUUGAAAGACUGGUGGGUAAUGUAACAGGAACAAAAUGAUGAACAGUGAUUGAUCACUUUCAAUAACUAGAAAGUACGAUUGGAGAUGUCCAUAAUAACUGAACUGCAAAACACCUCUCCAAUCCAGUUAAAUAUUACUUACAAGUGUAAAUUCAAAUGGCACUAAACAUUGAGGUAUGAUUGCCAACCACUCAAACUAAAAUGUUUUGUCCAAUUCUAAAAUGUUGCUUGUGAGCCAGCAGCCAGAACAGUAACAAUUUCAAUUGAAGACCAUUAUUUUAAAUUAUUAACUAGUAAAACAUUUUUAAACAAAUUAUACAUAUUUACAGAAAUUCAUCAUAUCCAAAAAUCAAGUCACCUGAAAACACAAAGCAAAAAGCUAACACUAUAGAAUUAAAAAACAAUUUACCUAAAAAGUCACAUUCAAGUCAAAUAUAUUUUGUUUCUCGAGUAAGCAAUCCAGUAUUUUGGCUAAUUUUGAAAUCACAAAUGGUGUUACCAUCACAGAGAAAAUAUUAACAUUACUAUGAAUACAAUGCUGACAUUCAACAUAAUGGAUGUUGACUUAAUUUGCUUCAAUUGGACAGGUAAAGAAAUAAGAAGCCAGGGAUUCAUUUUUCUGAUUAAUUCCAGUGGAAAAGAGUAUGUGCUACUGAUACAAAUGCUUCCUUCAGGUUGCCAGAAGCAAAAAAUUAAGAAACCUCAUCUAACAAUCAUUGAAAUUUUUUGACCAGAUUUACCCAUUUAAAUACUAAAAACAAAGUUAGCACCCAAGUGAAAUUAUAACAGAUUUAACACCAUGAUGAAGUGGGAAAUUACCUAUACAUUGUUUUGAACAAUUACCUUAGUGCAAUUUGAGCUAGGUAAUAUGAAGAACAGGAUUAAUAUUAAAUGCAACUAGCACAACUGAUUGUCCUAGAGACAGAAUGCAGCCUAAAUCUGAAGAGUAAUUAAAUCAAAUUGUAUUGAGUACACUCCUCAAUCAUUUCAUUCCACAACAAAGUCUUCUGGGAAGAUACUAGGAUCAAGCAUUAUCCUCAUGGUUAUUUGGUGCAGAUAUCAAAAAAGAAAAUCUGAAAAACUACAUACUGUUUGUAACUCUUCAAAAAUUAGCGAUCACACAAAAUGUUUUUCCUUAAGAUAGCCCAUAAUCUUUCUUUAUUAAACCCAGAUCAUUCUGUUUAUUUAUUCAGAG